CUAGCACAUAAAGUGAAGCAUAGGCGCAAGUUUCAAGUCAAUCAGAGAUCAAUUGACGAUUCGGGAGAAGAAACUCGGGUAUGACCUGAAGAAGAAUGGAUUUCUACCUCACUUUAUGGACAAAGAAUCAUGCAAGCUUGUCAUGAAUAGAAAGAGGACGAUACUACGAGCGUCUGAGAUCAAACGGCGACUGAUUCGGAGUCCGGACGAGGGAGAAACGAAGCAUUAAACAGAGGUUGAGCAAGCCACACGGGCACAACCCACACGGCCGUGUGACCUGGCCAUGUGGCCGUGUGGAAAUCACCGAGCCUUAACACGGGCAGAGGGGAAAGCCACACGGCCGUGUGGCCUGGCCGUGUGAGUCGGGAAUUGCUGUUUAAAACCCGAUUUUCAGCAAAAGGAAAGGGAGAGAGCUGGGUUUUGGAUCCCAAACACCCAAGGGACGAACCCUAGAGAGAGAGAGAGCGACUUGGGAACAUUCUUGGAGCUAUUUUGGAGGAUUUCUUCGCCAUUGGAGCUCGGGAAUCAAGCUUGGAGAUGGAGAUUGAAGAUCUAGAUCAGAUUUCUGCAGUCUCUCUCUUCUCUAUGGAGUAACUUCCCUUCACUUAGGUUUUGAGGAACCCUAGUUCCAUGAGUUAGGAUCUUUCUUGUAUGAAGUUUUGAAUGCUAUAUUGUUUGAUUAUAAUCGAAUGAUGCAUGUUUAUUGAGUCAAUUGAAGUCUGAUCAACUUUUCCUGAUUUCUGCUGCAACCUGAGAUAGAUAGAAUCUGAUUAGGUUGUUAGAGCCUCAUCAUUCGGUAGUAGGAGAUUGGCUAUACGAGAGUUAGCCAGUUUACUGCUUUGUACUGGAAUCCAAUUCCAGUAGUGGAGUUCUGUGCUUAUUGCUUCAGCUGUCUAUCCCGGUGAAGACUAGUCGUCUGCCGGAUAGUUAGACUCAGAGGGCUUGGUCAGCUUAAGAGAUUCCAAGCUACUGUCGGAUCUUCCGCAGUUUAAUCAACAGUAAAACAACCAAAAGGAAUUACAACUUGGACCUAAUUGAGGAGCUGGGGGGAAUCAUACCUAAGCGAGUUCCCAAACUGUAAUUAGUAGUUUUACUUAGUUUAGUUAGUAGAGUAGUUUAGUUAAUCAAUCCUUAAUCUAGUUUGCUAGAUAAUGAACUGAAGCUGAGUAAUAGUAACUCUAGAGACCCGUGGAUUCGAUAUUUAUUACUUGUGCCACUAUACUGCAGUCCCUUUCAUUGGUUACACUUGGCCAUUGUUAGGUGUUGUGUUUUAGAGCAUCAAGUUUUUGGCGCCGUUGCCGGGGACUUUCUAGAUUAUUAGGAAAGGCAGAAGUUUGUUACUUUAGCAUUUUUCUUUUCUUUUCCACCCUUGCUUUUCACUUGGGUGUUUUUUGUUUUUGUUGGUGCAGAUCUGAAUCAUGGAUCCUCAUGGCUUCUCCAACCAUUGGGGGUAUCCACCACCAUCCGAGUGGUGUUACCCCGAGACUCCCUGGAGCAAUCAAGGAGGAGAAGACUAUGGAUUCGGGUUCCAGUACCAACCCCCUUACUACGGAGAACAAUCAGACCCCUGGGCAUAUCAAGAACAAGCUCAUUACCAAGAAGACUUUCUCCCACAACCAGAAGGGCCAUCGGAGCUGGAGUUACCCAUGGCGGCCUUCACGGGCCACUCUGCAGAGCCAUGCUACACUUCACUGGAGGAUCCGAACGAACAAUUAAGGCUUCUCGUGGAGCAGUUUGCUCGAGACACUGAGAAAUCAUGCUCCAAGAUGGAUCUUCAAAUCAAAGCCCUUGCCACUUCCGAUCCUUCAUUUCUCCAUGAUAUGGAGGAGACUGUUCAGCGCUCAGCGAAGCAAACAGAGUGGGUGAAGCAAGUUUGCUCACAUCUUGCUCAAGAUCACCUUUCUGCUACCACGCUAGAAGAGGUGGAGGAUGACAAAGGCUAUGGGAGCGUUGAGGAGCAUACAGAAGUUAUCACAGAGAACUCCCAUAAUAACCAUGAUCAGGAAAGUCCUUUGGUUGCAGACCACACCUUUCCUCAUUUAUGCUCUAACAUGCUGGGCCCGUGCGAGGAGAUGCAAGAUGAUCCCAUUGAAGAAAUUGAUUGGCGACUUGAUCUCCAAUCUGUUCUAGAAGAAGAAGAGCGAGCAAGGAUGAGGAAGGAAGUUGUGGAUGAUGAGGAAGAAAGAAAAGAAGAGGUGGUUCUUGAUCUUUUCCCAGGGGAGAGACCACAUUUUGAAGAAGGAAGGGGGGUUGAGGAAGCAAUUGGCGUCCAGGCUGAGGAUGAAGUUGAGGUGGAAGAGGCAUGCACCGGCCAUGAGUUGCAAGUAAUAUCCCCACCAAACUUUGAGGAACUGCUUCGCAAGGACCCAUUUGCAGUGUCUCUUUGCCAAACCAAGGCCACAUCGACAUCGGUCCCUCUUGGUAGACGCGAUGGUGGUCGGUCGAUGCUGUCAUAUCUGGUUUGGGGCAAGGAGACGAGAGAAGAGAAGAAGAGGUCUCGAGGGUGGAGACUUCAUCUGCAUCAAGUACAUGAGCCUUUAUCACCUGCCACACCACAUGCUCGUGACUUGAGACUCCACCUCAUCGACGAGAACCUCAACUUCAAGGAGGUUCUAGCAUGGACCGAAACUUAGGAGCCAUCGUCCGGCUCACGACGUGAAAGAAGCGCUUUUUGGGAGGCAACCCAACCAGUCGGUUUGCAUUUCUUUCUCUAUUUCUCCUCGGUUGAGUCAGUUUUGUUAUUUGAUUUUAGAGUCAUAUACCAAGCAUCCAAAGAUGCGGAGAUGCUGGUACUCGGCAACCUUCCCAAAUAGAGACUUAAAAGGGGAUUUACCUGUUGCCGUAGUAGGUAAACGGUUGAUGAGAUAAACCGCAGUAAGGACG